UAAAUUGUAGAUAUAAAUCUUACAAUGGAUCUCCUUUCAGUUUAUAUCUGUAGUUAGAACUGAAAAACCAAAUAACUCCAAAAUGGCUCUUUGGUUCCUCAUUCUCCUUCCAUUCUUAUUUAUCAAAGAAUCGGAAUCCGCUCAUCCAAUCAACCAGACAGACCUGCAAUUAGCCAUAGAUGACAUGAGAGCAUCAUCUUACUAUGGAUUUGUAAUCCUCCUCAAGAUUCUGGACAGCACGCCAAAUUCACUCCAUGACGGCGAAAUAACAUUCUUGAUGCCAAGUGAUAAAGAACUGUCUAAAGUUUCUCUAAGAUUAGACUACUUAGAAGACUUCAUUCAAAGUCAUUCAAUUCCAAGAGCAUUAUUGCUUAGUCACCUGUUACAUUUUCCAGAUGGAACUUUAGUUCCUUCAAGUAUUCCCAACAGGUUGCUUAGAAUUUCCAAUGGAGGAAGAUCAGGUCUGUAUGUGAAUAAUGCAAGAGUCGUCACUCCAAACGUCUGUCUCAAUUCUCUGAUAAGAUGUCAUGGAAUCAGCACCGCCAUGACGUUUGAUUCUGUUAACUCUUCUUUUGUUAAGCAAGGCAAGGAUGAUGAUCAAAGGCAAGGUAAGGAUAAUCAAAGGCCUGCAGAUUCUGGAAAACACCACAAGAAAGGAAAAUCUUUGCCUGUUCAUUUCUUGAAGAGCCCUGCCCCACAAUAAACCUCAAAAUGUAGCAUGCUUCAAUUCCAGAUUAUGAACUUUAUCCGGUUUAAGCAAUAAGUAAAAUAAUUGAGUAGCAAAAUCCUGUCAUUUUUUCUGUUAGUUGAAUAGAGAAAUCUGUGAAACAUACUAUAGCAUAUAUUUAAAAGAAAAUUACAGCAGCAGUACUUGCA